UAAGUAAAAAAAAAUGAAAAUUUAUUGGAUGUGCCUAUUAUUUUGGGCAAAAUUUGUUUUGCUUGAAUUUCGCCCAAGAUGCAUCGAAGACACUCUAGCGUGAACGGGGCAUUCGUACGUGAUAUUUUUCCGUUUACGUUUUGCAGCCACACUGAAACAAUUCGGAAUUAAUCAAAACAAGAACAAAACAUUAUUAUAUCUUAAUGUAAAUAAGUCCUCGAGAGAAAAUGGAAGUAGAAUACGACGACUCCGGCUGGCAGGGCCGCGCCAAAGCACAGACAAACUCGGAGGAAAUGCUCGAGGACAACCCCCAGAAGACGAUACAGGAAUGCCUGGAGAAGUUCCUCACACCCGACUACAUCAUGGAACCGGGCAUAUUCACGCAGCUGAAGCGCUACUUCCAGUCGGGCGGCUCCCCGGAGGAGGUUAUAUCGAUGCUGUCGGAGAACUACAAGGCGGUGGCCCAGAUGGCCAACCUGCUCGCCGAGUGGCUCAUCCUGGCCGGCGUCAAGGUGACCGAGGUGCAGGCCAUGGUGGAGAACCACCUCAAGGAGAUGAUCCUGAAGUCCUUCGACCCCAAGAAGGCGGACACCAUCUUCACCGAGGAGGGCGAGACGCCCGACUGGCUCACCGAGAUGAUCGACCACUACACGUGGCGCUCGCUGAUCUACCGGCUGGCCGAGGAGUACCCCGACUGCUUGAUGCUCAACUUUACGAUCAAGUUGAUCUCGGACGCGGGCUUCCAGAGCGAGAUCACCUCCAUUUCCACGGCCGCCCAGCAGAUCGAGGUCUUCUCGCGUGUGCUAAAGACCUCGAUCGUCAAGUUUCUAAACAACCCGGACGACGUGCAUGGCGCCAUCCAGGAGUGCGCCCGCAUGGUCUGUCACGGCCAGCACACGUACGUCUACUCCCAGGUGCUCAUCCAGGUGCUUAGCCAGGAGCAGAAGGGCGGAUUCAACAUGAAGCGCCUCUCCCAGGAGAUCAUUAAAUACGCCCUGCAAAACAAUCAAAAUGUGACGCCCAUCACGAUGGCCCUAAAUGGCUCGGCAGUCUAUCCGCAGGCAUGUCAAGCGCUCACUUCUAUGCUCACCCGCAAUACGCUGAACCCCGCCGACAUCACCGUGCUGUUCCGCAACUACUCCGGAUCCGAUCCGCCGCCCAUCGACUUGAUACGGAACCCGCAGUUUCUGGAGCUAUUGGUAGACGCUCUCUUUCGGUCCGGUGUCAAGAUUAACCCCGAGCACAAGCCGAAGUACAUGUUUCUGCUCGCCUACGCGUCAGCGGUCAUCGACCAGCCGGCUAAGAAGCGGCCGAUGACGGAGCGCAUGCUGAACAAGGAGGAGCUGAAGAGCACAAUACAAGCGAUCGAAAAGGCCCACACCAUCUGCAACGUGGACCAGGGCUCCACGGAGCUGAUCGCCGAGUUGCAGACGCUGUACAAUUGCAUCAAGUAUCCAGUAGUGGGCGUGGGCGUGAUUCGGUGGAUCGAGAACGUGGUAAUGGAGCCGUCCUACUUUAAGCUCUCCACCGACAGCUGUCCCACGCACCUGGCCGUUCUCGACGAGGUGGCGGCCGUGCAUCCCACUCUGCAGCAGCAGAUCCUGUUCCUGCUCAUCCGCCUGUUUGAGUCCAAGCAGGAUGAGUUGGAGAUUCUCGUCCAGCUAGAGAUGAAGAAGAUGAUCUUGGACCGCAUGGUUAACCUGCUCACCCGCGGCUGCGUUGUCCCCGUCCUCCGCUACAUCAAGCAGUGCUGCGCCAUCGAGGACACGGACAUCUCCCUCAUCCGGUACUUCGUCACCGAGGUGCUGGAGACCAUUACACACCCGUACUCGCCGGAGUUCGUUCAACUCUUCCUGCCAAUGGUGGAGAACGAGGAGAUCACGGGCACCAUGCGCGGCGAGGGCGACAACGAUCCUGUCUCCGAGUUUAUUGUUCACUGUAAGGCGCACUACACGACUGUUUAGAAAGGCGAUUCACUUUCCAAGGUCUCCAAAAGUGCUUCUUUUUGCAAUAAUGGUUUUAUUGAUUUUUUUGUGGUAUUUUUUGAUUUAAGCGAAAAACAAAACAAAAUUACUUCUAAAAA